AUGGCUACCGUCACACUUGAUCAUACCACCGGCACAGUGAGCGAGGAGCAAGACCUGCACAAAUUCGCCCAGGUGAUCGCGGCGGCUUUCUCGAAUGAUGCCCUCAACCGAUACCUGUCCAUGGGACGCGAGUCACACCCAGACCACCCCAAGCUGGCGAACUUGGACCACCGGGUUCAGUACUGGCUCCCACACAUCAAGACUCGGUUUGAGAACGGAGGCAUACUGAUCCACACUUUCGACUGGGCUGGAGUGGCGCUGUGGCUUCCUCCGGGGAUUGAGAAGCCCGUGACCAAUUCUGCGGCUGCUUCGCCAGGAGCUGUCGAGUACAGGACGAAGUUCGACGCUCUCAAGAAGAAGUAUUUGGGCGAUCGAGCCUACUGGUACCUCAACCUGAUUGCACGGUCGCCAACUCGAUCGGAAAAAGGCGCCAUUCGGAAUCUGGUGGACCCUUUCCUGAAGAAAGCCCAGGAACAAAACAUGCCUGUCUGGCUAGAAGCGACCAACCAGCACGCCAGAGAGGUCUAUACCCAUUUGGGCUUUAAGACCGUUGCGCAUGUGCGAAUAGGCGAGGGGAUUGUCAAUGCCGAGGGGUGGGCCCAACAGGAUGGUGAAGGCGUGCUGGUAUACGGAAUGCUUGCCGGACUCCAGCGUGAGGAUGAUGAGUAG